AUGUUACCACAGCCUAUAAAUAUCCAAAACUGGAUCAAAGAAAAUGAACAUUUAUUACAACCACCUGUUAACAAUUUCUGUUUACAUAGAGGUGGUUUCACAGUGAUGAUUGUUGGUGGACCAAACGAGCGUACUGAUUAUCAUGUGAAUCAAACACCAGAGUGGUUUUAUAUGUACAAAGGUGAUAUGACUCUUAAAGUUGUUGAUGACAAUCAAUUUAGAGAUAUCACUAUUCGUGAAGGUGAUUCAUUUUUAUUACCAGGAAACACACCACACAAUCCGGUAAGAUAUGCUGAUACUAUAGGUAUAGUUGUUGAACAAGAUAGACCUGAAGGUGUUGAUGAUCAAAUUAGAUGGUAUUGCACUAAUUGUUCUGAAAUUGUUCAUAAUAUUACAUUCCACUGUACCAAUUUAGGUACACAAGUUAAAGAAGCUAUAUUAAGUUUUGAUGGUGACAUUGAAUCAAGAACUUGUAAGAAAUGUGGUACAUUAAACUACUCAAAACCUCAAUGA